UUUAAGUUCUCUCAUUUCCAUCUCUCUUGCAGUGGCACCACAAAUACUGCAAAAGAAGACAACGCCUUUCUGAAGAAAGCUUGCUCACUCUUGAGUUCACUGGCAUGGAGAAUUGCAAGAACACCACGGCCGACAGCUCUCAAUGCAGCUCCAGUGCAACGCCCAUGGAAUGCUACAUGGUACUUGACAAUUCAGCUCAGACUGUCAUUGCUGUGCUCUGUUGCAGCGUUGGAAGCCUUUGUAUCUUUGAGAACUGUUUGGUGCUAUACCUCAUAUUUUCUUCCCCCAAGAUCCGGAACAAGCCUUCCUACCUCUUCAUUAGCAGCCUGGCCUUGGCAGACACGCUAGCCAGCAUUAUAUUUGUCUGUAGCUUUGUUAACUUCCACGUUUUCAAUAAGAUUGAUUCAUCGAAGGACAUCUUCUUGCUAAAACUUGGAGGGGUCAACACGUCUUUCACAGCUUCCCUCGGCAGCCUGCUGCUGAUGGCCUUUGACCGGUACAUCUGUAUCCUCAGGCCGACAGAGUACAAAGUCCUUGUCACGAGCAGAAGAGCUGUGGUGGCCCUGGUGAUGCUGUGGGUCACCAUCAUGGUAAUUGCUUUCCUGCCAUUGUUGGGGUGGAACUGCUGCCGCCUGAGCUCCCCCUGCUCCGAGCUGUUUCCUUUUGUCGACAACAAAUAUCUCUCAAGCUGGAUUGCCUUGGUGGCCAUCCUUCUGGCAUCUAUUGUCUAUGCCUACAUGAAUGUUCUUUGGAAGGCCCGCAAGCAUGUGGUGUACAUGGAAAAGUACCACAUUCAAACAGGCCAGCAGAACACAAAGGUGAGACUAGAUGUCACGCUUGCCAAGACCUUAGUGAUUGUCCUGGUGGUUCUUGUGAUGUGCUGGUCACCAGCCUUGGCUCUCAUGACUUACAGCAUCUUUGCCAAACUAGAUGACUCCAUGAAGCAAGCGUUUGCCUUCUGCAGCACUCUCUGUCUGGUGAACUCUAUGGUGAACCCCGCUAUCUAUGCCCUAAGGAGCAGGGAGUUGUGCUCCUCCCUGAAGAGAGUCUGCUCCUGUUUUGGAAGACUGCUGGGUGUCUCUGAGAGCAACCUAGAAGUGGAGAGCACUCAGAAGUCCUGCCCAAUUGAAACGAUUUGCGAUGAAUUUGUUGGCGGAACAGGGGCAGAACUGAUGAACGUCUGCACUCCAAAUGGCAUCAAAACGUAUACAUAGAAACUGAUGUUUUAUACCUGUUUGAAGGGACUCUAGAGCUUAUUUUCUACAUGAGUUCAACUUUCCCUUUUGGUAUGGCAGCAGUUUUUUGGUUGCAAUGAUUCCCCAGUUUAUAGAUCGCAGGAACAACUCCAUACAAACCAUCAAAUCGCCAACAAUGGAUGUCAAGGACAGUAUGAAACCAGGGCCAUUAAAGUGGUCCACCUCUGGAACAGACUAUCAAGUCUGACCAUUUGCAACAACAGGGUGGCACCUAGAGAGUGUAUUUGUUAUUUAAUAAAAAGCAAAGUGGGAGCAUCUCUACACUGUGAAAACACAAACUCCAAUUAUUGUGGGCCAGGAUUGGACACAAUCAGGGCUACUCAGAUGUUAUAUUUAUGUGGCAGAGCAGAA